AGUGAGUCCUUGAAUUAUCCUUCCCAGCUUUAGUCUAAACUUCAACUUUUACAGACCCCUGCAGAUACCCGUCUAUAAUCUAACAGUUGAUGAUGCCAAGAAGCGCAGCUGGAAAUGGAUCAUGGAUGUGGGCCGCGAUCUGGGCCUGAAAUACCCUUUCGAUGUGGGCCUCUGGUAUCCGGAUGGCAAUAUGACAACCAGCAAAUUCUAUCAUACCAUCUGUACCAUUCUGUUUAUGUGGCUGCCCGCCUAUAUCAUUGAUUUCCUUUUGGCCAUCUUUGGACAGCGUCGCUUCAUGGUUCGCGUGCAAACGAAGAUAUCGGUGGGCCUGGAGGUGCUACAAUUCUUCACAACACGCAACUGGGACUUCAAGUCAACGCAUUUCGAGCAAAUCUAUAAAGAAAUAUCUGAAGAAGAUCGCAAAAUCUUCAAGAUCAAUACAAACGAUGUGGACGAUUAUGAAUACAUGAAGAUUAGCAUUCUGGGUGGACGUCAAUAUGUUAUGAAGGAGCCAUUGACCUCCUUGCCCAAGGCGCGCAUACAGCUGCGAUUCAUGUAUGUGUUGGAUCGCAUUAGCAAGGGGCUGAUACUAGGUGGCUUUAUCUAUUGGGCCUCCAUGAGACUGGGACUGAUUGAUCUGGUGCGACACGGCAUUGAGGCUGUCAAGCAUUGAACAACGUAGAUGGAGCCGGAAUGGGAACCAUAUAUGGGUUGCGCUAGUUCAUAUCCUUUUUUUCCCCCAUAUUUUGUCAAAGUAGUGGCAGGGCUUAAGAUUGCAAUAUUCAGGGUUUUUUGUAUAUUACUUAACAUUAAAGUUGCACAUACAGUUAUAAGAAUAGAUUAUUGUUUAA